AUGAAGUACGUCAUCGCAAUCCUCGGCGCCGCAGCUCUGGCCCGUGCUGUGCCUACUGCCAGCCAGAAGCUUCCUUGGAUCGAUGAUGCCCACCGCGAGAUGGCUCACGAGUGUGGCUUUUGGGGUUACAGUGACGAAAUGUGUGGCACUCAGAUUUAUUGUGAUGCUUUCGACUCUGCCACAUUCAACAAGCCGACAGAGUUCAAGAACGCACAGGAAUGCUUUAACGCUCAUGAGGCAGCGCCAACGCUUCCUUGGAUUGCAGCUCCUACCCAAGUCCGACCCAAAUGGUGCGAGAAGGGUGUCUACAGCGAAGAGUGUCCAUUUGAAUGCGGCCUGCAGGGCAUGUACAACGAUGGCUUGUGUGGCACUCAGGCUUAUUGCGAUGCUUUCGACCUUGCGAAAUAUAAACCCCGCGGUUACAAGAACGCCAAAGCAUGCUUCGCCGCCCACGAGCCUAAGCCGUCGGAGACCUCCUAG